CUUCAGAGAAAAACUGUGGAUGUAUUUCCUGGUUGGAGCCACACCUCAGAGACAGACAGACAGAGAGACUCAGUCUGCAGAUCUCAGUGUGACGUUCGGCUGCUCCUCUGCCUCUGAGUCUUCUUCUUCGUCUGCUGAUCAAACCUGAAGCUGUUGUCACAUGUCGGAUGUUAAAACUUUUGGAUUCUUCUUGCUUAUCAUUUUUCAUCAGUGGACAUCAGCGGAUUUGUGGGAAUUACCUAAUCCAAAAGAAAUAAUUUAAUACCUUCCUCUUUGGACUCGUGGAUAUUCAGUUUUUAUUUGGUGUUUUCCUCAGUCUGAACCCUCCUGGAGUCCAGACAGUUUUCAGUCUGAAGUGGGGUAUACUUUGGGUCUUUGGGCCCCUGUGUGUCACUGCUGCUGGUGCAGUUUUUGUCUGAAUGCCCCAGGAUUAUCCAGUGGCUGCAGUUCCACCCCAGGUCUGCAGGGCGGCAGCAGAGAGCGGCGGUCAGCCGCUGGAUAAGCGGAGCAUCGGCAUGAGCGACUUCUGGCACAAGAUGGGCUGUUGUGUGGUGGCUAAACCACCACCGAAGAAGAAGAGGAGGAAGAUUGAUCGCAGUAUGAUCGGAGAACCAACAAACUUCAUUCACCUCACACACAUCGGCUCCGGAGAGAUGGCAGAGGGCCUGCAGCCGUCGGGGUCGGUUCAAGAACAAAUGAGGUCUAAAGGCCCGAACAUGAACGGCAGGAACAGCAUGUUAUAGCCGGAGUGUAUUAAACUGACAUAGACCAGCUGACGGACCUUCUCUUUCCUCUGAAUGAGCCUCUCCCACAUCUGACCACCGACCAUGGGCUGCGACCCCCCUUCUACCUGGCUCAGGCAUUCAAAGCACUGUGCUGUCAGCCACCCUGCAUGGGGCGCCAUCGCGAUCCUGACCAGCCAAAUCUCUCCUUUGAGGAUUAUAACUUUAUUUAAAAAAUGUGUAUUAUUGCAGCAAAGUAUUUUCUACAAGCCAAAACUGAGAAUCAGUAGCCACUUUUAAAAAAACAUCCAGUCCAGACGGAGAAUCUUGCUGAGCUUUUCCACGUCUCAGAUCCAAUAAAGCGGCAGCUAUAGGAUUUGGACUACAUCUCCCAGCAUGCCUUAAAACUCCCUUUACGUACACAUCAUGCUUAACUCUGACAAUAAGGAGAUAUUUUUAUUAUUGGAUUUAAAUAUAAACAAUUUGGAUCGGAGUUUAAGAACUAAUGUCCACGUGUUGUACUUGUUUUCACCACUAGAGGGCUGACAUGAAGAUGUUUCCCCUGUCAAUAUUAAAUAAAACCAACCAAUGACAUCACUGGACUCCAUUUCCCAGAAUCCCCUUGACAGAAUGUCUGUAUUUAAGGACGAAAAACUGGUUUCAAAGUGCUUUAAACAAAAUGUCACAAACAGACUACGUUUCCAAGCAUUCAUAGGGAAGUUUUCUCUAAACUUUCCCAUCCAGGAGGUUCCUUUAUUCAAACCGUCAUGCUGGUGGUAGUCCUAGGAUUCCCAGGAUGCUUUACUCUGCUCAGUUGUGCUCUGUAACAGGAGUAUUAAACAUUUUGUUUGUUUGUUUCCAAAGCCCUGCCUCUGUUCAUUGGUCACAUGGCCUCAGUGAUGACAUCAUUGGACUUCAAUUCCCAGGAUGCUUCACUCCACACAGCCUCACUGCUGGUGCUGAAUGAUUUAAGACUCUUAUUCUCAGAGAUGGGAAAGUCCCCCUUGUGUGUGUGUGUGUGUGUGUGUGUGUGAUGUCAUAUGGUCUUUAUACCCCACCAGUUUAAAUAUAAUUGUUGCUUCCCUCUCACAGGGGACAGGAAACACAAUUCAAAACUUCCAUCAGAAAAUGAUAUGUUUUUGUCAAAGUUUCCACUUAUACAAAGAUGUUAUUUGUCUUUCUUUUCAGUUGACUACUUAAACUGCGGAUGAGGCCCUAAACGGGUCUUACGCCAACAAGACAAGUUAAUAGACAAACUUUUAACUUCACGUGGCACGCUUAGACCUUUUUCAGGACUUCUGUUUAAAAACAUUUCAUGCUGCAUCUGGUGGGAUUAUGAGUGUUUAACUGCUUCAUAUAUUUUGACAAUUUGAACAUUUUUAAGCAGACAUUAUUUUGAAUUUUCUGCUGUUUUUUUUUUUUUUUUUUUUUUUAAUGUGAUUUUCUGUUUGAUUUCUCAUAUGUCACCUUUUUUUUAAAUUUUGUCUUCCUUCUGAGUUUUUCCACCUCUGUUUCAGGGAUUCAGUUUGGGUCUCUUGAUGUGUGGACUGAGCUGAAGAUGUCAAAUAUUAGAGAGGUCAUGGGAAAGCUUAAAUAUCCUUUGCUAAGUAAAGAAUUUCUUUGAAGCUGCCACCCUGAAAUUAAUUAUUGUAGAAUUUAAACUGUCAUGCAUUAAAUGCAUGGCAGUUGAAAUUCCCCAAAACGUUUAAUCCCAGUUGUAAGAUGGGGUGAAGCAGAGGCCACCAACCAAAAGUGUAUUUAAACAAACAUAAAACUGCACAUUUUACUUACAGAUUAAACUCCUAUAGACCCUUUUAGGGCUGAUGUCACAAUGUCAUUUUAUUAGCUAAAGGCUAAACCUGCCUCUUCACCACAGGGCUGUAGGCUACAUAGGAGUCUUAAAAUGUGGUCUUGUUGCAUUAUUGAGAGCCAGAAUAGAAGGAGUCAUGGCUCAAAACCAGCCGCCACUGCAUUUACUCCGUCAACAAAAACAAAGACAACUAAAGUUAAAUGUGAUAAGACAAAAGGACUGGAUGGAGGCCAUCAUCACUUCAGGUUAGGGAAAAAGUUGUUGAAGGGAUGAAUAACCUUAUGAGUAUUAAGGGUUAUCAUGUCCACCUCAUCAGAAGUUGGGGAAGUAUUAAGAGGAAUAUUGGAUUACUCACAUUACUUACUAACGCUAACUUUUUAGCCACUAAAAUUUAGCACAUAAACUAACGUUAGCACUCUGCUACUCCCAGAGUGCAGUGCUCUGGAUAACUGAACGGUAUAUUCAGACAGUGCUCCAAAUUUAUGGUCUAGUUUGUGCCAGAGUACACUCCAACACUCACAAUACACAGAAUGAGUAUUUCAGGAUGCAACACACGCAUCAUCGUCCUCCAUUGUCUAAAACAAGUCAACAGAACUUGCUAGCUAGAGCUAGCUAAUGUCUGUGGAGACUUCUUUUGCCUCUAGGUGACACGCCCACCAAAAAACAUCAUUCUGUAUACUAAAAGGGUCUUUUACAUUUUCUGUAAGAUUUAUAUUACUAACUUUUACUACUUUAUCUGUUUCAGUCUAAAAAUAUCUCAAAAUGAACCUUAAUACAAUCAAAAAUAUUCAGUUGUAUAAUGAAAACUUUAUAUAUGUCAUUUAACCCUAAACUUACCAGAAAAAUUAGUGUGAACAUGACCUCAGUAUUCUCAGUGAUUUUCAGGGCUGCGCACCAGACUGGACUCUUAAGCACAGUUUGAUUCGACUGGACAAAACAUAUAUCUCAACAAUUCCAAGGAAGCGUUAACUGAUUGAUUCAUUCAUUCAUUACAAUAACUGUAUAUGUCCCAGAAAUUAUAAAACAGGCAGAAAUGAAAAAUCAAAGAGGUCAAACUCAGAAGUCAGGCCAAAAAAAGAUGAUGACGACAUUUGCGAACACUCACGAACUGUAACUCAACCCUCAGCUGUUGUCUACACUAUCCCGGGAGUGGGUGCCAUGGAAACCGCUGACUCACGGUGUUCCUCCUCGCCGUGGCAACCAGCCACUUCCUCCCCGAGGAAGCCAAAACCUCUAUUUAAGGAAAAUGUGAGCUGCUGCUGCUUGUCUCAGUUUCCUCAGGACAGCGUGGUGUGUUUAUGGGACUCUCUCUGUUAAACUCCACCAUGGUAACAGAUGUGUCAACCACAACAACCAAUUAUCAUACUGGUUUUACAUCAUGUGACUCUCAGUCAUUUUUGAUCAGCUGAUACCAUUUAAGUGAACAACAGAUACAAACAAGGAGCCAGAAAUAAAAAUCACAUGAGACUGCUACAAACAGAGCUACCAGCUUCUUCUGCUGUAUUUAAAACACAGCUCCAGUGAAAUCUGACAGUGUGAACAAGAAGCAAACUUUUGACACGCCAUGAUUGGAUGUGAAGGACAUUUUUAGCCCAGUUGCCAAAAAAAAAAAAAAAGUUGGCAUUGUACUUUUCUGCAAAACCACAAAUACGUUACAUUUGCACAUUUCAUGUGUAUCAUACCAAUGUUUCUAAAGUGACACAGUGCAUGAGCUGACUUCCGAGGUGGUGGGUGGCAAAACGUCUGCCAAGCUGCAGACUACUGUUCAAGACCAACAAACAGCAAAAUCCGUUGUGAUUUAGCGAGUCAUCACUUUGUUUCCCAGCAGCUUUUUAACCACCAAACCAGCAGGGAUAGUGCUACGAAAUUGGUUGAAUUUUACUGAAAGAUCGCUGCGUUUCCUGCAGGGAUUAUGCCCCCAAAAUAGAUGUUUCAAGUCAAAUCAUGAUCUUCUCCUAACCAUAACCAAGUGGUUUUUGUGCCUAUACCUAACUACACAUUAACCACAGAGUUGUUGAAAUGUAAAGGGACAAAAUGUUUCAAUCUUUCUGCUACAUAAUAAUGAACAAAUGCAAUGUAUCCUUGGUUUGUAGAAACAUACAAAGCCAACACUGACAUGGAAAGACACAUGGAAGUACUUCAAGUGUGUGUACAGGCACAUCGGCAUUUCUGAUCAUCUGCAGGUGUGUCCUGAUCCCUCAGCAUGUCAGACACUGAGUUGAUCCGAAACCUGUAUCAGGUGUUUACUUCCGUUUCAUGAGUGUCAGAGAGGCAGGAAAGACAAGAGUUUACUCAGGUCGAAACCAAGUUGAUCAGGAAGACAAGAGAGAACCAUAUAACCGGAUGGAGAUGGACCCGUAUCUAAACUGCUGGACUAAUCAGUGAAAUGCAGAGCAAGUGAGCAGGUGGUCGGGGAUAGUAUAUGACAGGUCAACAUAAAACAGGUAAAAAAUGAAUAAUUAAUACCUAUCUGAAGUUGUGAUUUUAGAAUCUCUAACUUUCUGAAACCUGGAUCUGAUGGUUACAUGGAAAACACAUAACAUGGAUACCCGUAGUGUUCGUGGUAACACCCUCACUGUAAAACCUUCAGCUUCAAUAUGGUUCAAAUCUAAACAAUAGACCCUUUUAGGGCUGACGUCACAAUGUCAUUUGAUUAGCUGGAGGCAAAACCUGCCUCUCCACCACAGGGCUGUAGGCUGCGUAGGAGUCUUAAAAUGUGGUCUUGUGUUAUUGGGAGCCAGAAUAGAAGGAGUCAUGGCUCAAAACCAGCCGCCACUGUCCAUCAGCAAAAACAAAGUAAAAAUUUGGUUAAAUGUGAUAAGAUGAAAGGACUGGACGGAGGCGAUCAUCAAAAAAAGCUUGCAUGUCCAGCGCAGACUUCAUAUCAGGUCAGGGAGAAAGUAUUUCCUGUUGUAGGGAUGAAUAACGUUAUGUAUAUUAAGGGUUAUCAUGUCCACCUCAUCAGAAAUUGGGGAUAUAUAAAGAGGAAUAUUGGGUUUCUCUGUAACGCUAAGUUUUUAGCACAUUAGAUAACAUGAGCAUCAAUAGCAAAACAAACUGGAGGAAACCGUUUAAGUGUCGUCCUCCUUUGUAAGAUUGGCAUAGUAAUCACCCACAAGCUUCCUGUGACAUCAUCCAUCCACUGAGUGAGAGCAUACGAGUCGGCCAGUCUGGUCCCGUUGGUCAGUGUUUACUUAUUCAAGUAACACUUGCGGCCCUGGAGAGUGAGUGACCUGACAUGGUGCGUUGGUAAAUUCAGUCUCUACACUAGUUGGCCCUGUUGGUCGAAAAAAAUGGAGCAUUUUAUUUCUAUAUGAAUUAACAACAGUUAAGUUAAUCACACAUUCACUCUGCUCGGCGCUCUGCUGCUCUGGCUUGCCAGAGUGCUGAGAAAGCACUCUGGCACUCGGAGAGUGCAGUGCUCUGAAAAAGCAAAUGGUACAUUCAGACCGUACUCUGAAUUUAUGAACAGUCCAGUUUGUGCCAGAGUGCGCUCCGACACAUCAUCUUCCUCUAUUGUCUAAAACGGGUCCAUGUCAUUGGUUCGACAGCCCAUUGGUUCGACAUCCCAUUAGUCCGACUGUCCGCAGUGCUGAACGGCUCGCGGCGGGCAUAUGGUGCGCCGCAACCGGCUUGAGGCAGAGCAGGCUCACGGCUUAUGUGUUUGUCACUUUCUUUUUCAUUAACCUACACCAUGAUCUUUUCCUGACCCUAACCAAGUGGUUUUUGUGCCUAAACCUAACCAGACCUUAACCACAGGGCAUCAUGAUGAUUUCGGAACGGACUUCGGAACAAUGAGUUUAAUAUGGUCGGAACAAUGGGAUGUCGGACCAAUGGGCAGUUCCCGUCUAAAACAAGCCAACAGAACUUGCUAGCUAGCACUAGCUAAUGUCUGUGGAGAAUUGUUUUGCCUCCAGCUAAGCCCCGCCCACUAAACAACAUCAUACUGUUUACUAACAGUAAAAGUGUCCAUACAGCAGAACAAUACAACUGCAACACUCUAACGCAGGUCAUGUUCCCGUUACAAGUGAAUCUUAAGCCCAGGAGGUGAACUGGCACCUCUCCAGCUACCAGUCCAUGCUCCAUAUUUGAUGCGGACAGGCGACCCUCCGGUUCCCAACCCAAGUCCCCAAGUUCCUAUGGACUGAGCUACUGCCCCCCAUGACAUGGUCAUGUUUCAUGCUGCCUGAAAACAAAGACAAAAUUCUGUUGUUAUGGAAAUAUGUGGGGAGAACUUAAAGUUAAAUGUUCUCUUAUUCAGCAAAGGCUCUUUCUGACCCAUAUGGCAUCAACUUUUUUUCGACAAAUGCAAAAACCACCUCAAGCUUGCAUGAAAACUUUGGAAGUUUUAUCCAAUCUCACCAUUUCCAUUCAUCUUUUCUAUGCGAUAUUUUAAAACUACGUUUAUGGAAACACAGUUGUUGUCAACUUAAGUUAAGUUUGAGUCUUCAGGUUGAAGUCGGCCGUGUUGUUGUUGACCUCUUGACUCAGUCUGCCUCGUUUCACUUCUGAUUCUUGGAAACUCAGAGCAGCUCUCAGGAAAACAAAGUCUGGCUCCUUUUGUUGAUCACAACCAUGGUUCCUGUCAUCCUCCGCGCACACACACAUGGGAUUUCCCUCACAGUUUACAGUCCACCAACACUGGAGCACACUUUCCCUGAAAUCCCCAACAGAAAUAAGAUUUAGAGACGAUGAGGUGACAAAGAUCUGAAUAUGAAUCGUGUUGAUAAAGUCGAACUUUCUUAUUACCAAAUUAUUUCUAUGCUUUUUGUUGUUCAUCAAAGAUGUUGAUUUAUUGAGCUGUGUUUGUAUCUCUUUUUUUUUUUCGAAUAUAUGUUGCGUAGUUAGUGUUGUAUGAAUGAUCAUGAGCCUCUGUCAAAACCUGCAGGAGUUAAGGAAUAAAAAGUCAAACAAGAA